AUGCAUCUGGCGUUGGUAGUCGACCCCACGAAAGUCAGCCAAAAGUCGGUAAUUGAGGCAGUUAAGCUUGCCCGCACUGGUGGGAAACUGGACAUUGUACUAACCCAUGUGCCAGAAAAACUAGAGGCGUUCGAAAAUGUUGUGCGCACGCUGUAUGAGUACACUCGCAGCGUCGAUAACCCCGCAGACACGACUGUGCUUCCGAGGUAUCUGAAAGACAUCAAAUAUGACAAAAUAUAUGCACAGGAGGGUGUUGAUGAAAAGUACAGGUCAGUUUUGCCCUCUAGCCAGCAGUUCCCCGCUGGGCCGGUAACCAAUUUGGAAGUUGGGGACGGCACCUCAGCAUCCUCCCAGAACGGCUUUGCAGCAGUUGCAGUUGGAGGCACGUUUGAUCAUUUACACAUUGGCCACAAAUUGCUCUUGACACUUGCUGGAUUCUUGGCUAGGACCCGGCUGAUUGUUGGGGUAACUGGACCAGAACUUCUCAAGAACAAAAAGCAUGCCGAAGCAAUGGAUGCGUACAAUGUGCGCGAAGCAGCAGUUCGCAACUUUGUGGGCUAUGUGUUUCCGGGUCUGGAGGUUUACACCGAGGAAAUUAACGAUAUCUACGGCCCCACAGGUACUGUCGAAGACAUUGAUGCAUUAGUGGUCAGUCACGAAACAAGAUCCGGGGGUGGAAUGGUGAACGAUUACCGCGAAAGCAAAGGCUGGAAGAAAUUGACAAUCGUAGAGGUUGGGCUUAUUGGCGGUGACGCCAAAGUCAGCAGCACGGAUUUCCGCAAACGAGAUCUCCAAGCAAAAGCAUAG